CUUACUUCUAAUCCGUACAACUUCAUGACUACGCUUCAGCCAGGAAUUCGAUGGGAUCCAACCAAAUACGAACUCGAUGACUUCGAUUUCAACGAACUUACAGAGAUGUUCGCACAGCUGCGUGCUGGUUUAAAAAAGUUUGUGAUGUUGACUAUGACUAACUACGAGUUGGAUACUCAAGCCAAGAAAUUCCUUUCCACUGAACUCUUAUCCGUUCAUGAGAGAUUUGUCUACAGAAUGAUCCAAAUAUGUGACCUGACGUUGUUGAAGGAUCGCAUUGAUGCAGCUUUACAUGUAAGGAAAGUGCCAUUAACGAAUGAGAUUGGUAUACAUGCAGAGUAUCAGAGCUCAUCCGCUGAUGCAGGGUAA